GAUUACGGUCGCCCUGUUCCUGGCAUCGAAGGACGAUCAGAGAUGCACACUUUCUUUGAUAGUAAACUUUUCGAGGAUAAUAAUGCUUGUCAGAAGACAAAUCGAGCAAUGGCUAUCACCGAAGGGGUUACUGUUGGUUGGCUACCGAGGAGCUUGCAAGAACGCCGUCGUGAUGCGGUAGCGGCUGGAAAAGCGCUGUCUUUCAGUUUAUCCGGGUUAACGCCAGUAAUGGCUGCGAUGAUUGACUAUGUGAUGAAACCUUUCCGACAACUGAAUAUCUCAACAACGGAAUUUGCUGCGCUCCAGGCGAUUAUGUUUUUUGAUCCUGACACGGAAGGAAUUGAUUCCGCUAGUCAACGCAAUGUGGCUGCUGAGCAGAAAAAGUUGCUGACGGCUUUGCAUAGGCAUAUUCAAAAAAAUUACAAAUCGCCUAUGGCUGAUGAACGAUAUGCAAAUAUACUGCUAAGGAUCCCAACAAUUCGGGUGAGUAUCCUCAAUUCAGUAACUUGA